AUGAGAAUCUUGACUUGCAAGCGAAAUGAGCAAAAGCUUGAUGGCUUGAGCCUCUCGGAAGCAUUUCAGUACUGGAGGCAGUCAUUGAAGAGAAAUAGACUUAAAGAAGUUCAGGAUGAGCUUGUAGAGUUGAUGGUACUGAAGAGCAGGCCAGAAAAUGAGGAUAUGAUCAGAGAGGAUAAGCAGACUAUCAUCGAUUCGACCGGAAAUCACAUCAAUGAGGUAGGAUUCAAAAUCAUUAACGAUGAAAAGUAUCAGACAAAGCAUCUAGUGUUCAUACAUGGAUAUGGGGCAUCCUUGGGAUGUUUUGCUAGAAACUUUCAACUCAUCAAUAAGUUCAAAAAUGAUAAGAAGUUCAAUUAUCAUAUUCAUUUCUUGGAUAAUAUUACGUUCGGCUUGUCUUCCAACCCAAAGAUCGAGUACGAGGGAGUGAAUCACUGGUUUAUCAAACAAUGCCCUUCCUUAAAGAUAAAAGAUUCCAGGCCCAACGAUAAAAGCAAUUUAUACAAUAAAUAUUAUAAGUUGGUUGAUAGUUUUACUAUCGAUAGAAAUGAAUUCUCGCAGUAUCAAGAACAUUACAAACCACUAUUAGAAGAAAUUGAGAAGUUUUAUAUUGAAGCAAUAGAGAAUUGGAGGAUAGCUUCUGAUAUUGGCCAGAUUGACUAUUUAAUCGGACAUUCUUUUGGUGGGUACUGGUCAGGUUCAUAUUCUUUGAAGUAUCCUGAUAACCUCAAACACUUGAUUUUGUUGUCCCCUGUGGGAGUAGAGAGACACGUCCAUUCUGUCACUAGUGAUAUCCUUCAGGAAAAUAAGUCAGAAUUUGUCCCUGAUUUAGAUCCUACCUCAUACAAGUUCCUUUCUCGAGUUCCAAUAUUGAGUAACGAGCACGUGAGAAAGUGGUACUACAUUCUACCAUUUAUGCCCAUAUUUCUUAAGAUUUUUGGUCCUUGGGGAUACAGAUACUACUUCAACACUUGGUACCGAAAGCUUUCCAACAUCAACAAGGUGAUUGACAAUUUAGGUGGGUCCGAAAAAGUGAUUAAGAGCGAAAAUGAUACUGUCAUCGGAACCAAAAAGGAAUGCCUUUUGAUAAUAGAGUACUUGUACAACUCCAUAACUGGUGGUUCGAACAGUGACAUUUACAUCAAGAAUCUUUUAACUCCCGCUACCGUUAGCAAGUGGCCAUUGUAUGACAAGUUUGAUGCUUUCUACAGGUCAAGCAAGCAUGAUUUCAAGAUUGACGUAUUGUACGGGCAAUUUGACUUCAUGAAUGCUGAGGCAGGGGAGAAAAUGGUUCAACUCAUCCGGAAGAAUUCCUCAGAUCAAACAACGAUAAACUUCCAGAAAAUCAAGCAAGGUGGCCACAACUUAUAUAUAGACAAUCCUUUUGACACGAACAGUGCGAUACACGAGAUUGUCACAAAAGGAUCAGUUGAUUCGUCCCACAAAGACUAG